AGGGAAAUGAAAGUUCCGGAAGUUGAAGUACCGGAAAAAAACUUCCCUUUCUGUGAUCGUGAAGACUCUAUAAUCAGACGAUAUCAUUAGGAGACAUUCCAAUAGACUGAAACCAUGUUCAUCUUAACUUGUGUACGUCUGCGAAUAUUUUGAGAGGCUGGAGAGAAGGCGUCGGUCGCGCAAGUGCGCGUUCAUCUACGUGUGUGCUCGAGAUACGAGUGACUUGCCUGAGAGUGGUCAACACGUACAGCCUGACUAAUCAUGGCAUACCACUGGCAGAGUCACAAUGUCAAGACUAGUGGUGUGGAUGACAUGGUCUUACUGCAGAAACUGUCCAAAGGCGGGAUAGUAGAGAACUUGAAAAAAAGAUUUAUGGAUGAUUGUAUUUAUACAUAUAUAGGUCCUGUGCUGGUUUCUGUCAACCCUUUCAAGCAGCUGAACAUCUACACAAACCGUGAGAUUGAAAUCUAUCAGGGAGCGGCCCAGUAUGAAAAUCCUCCUCAUGUAUAUGCACUAGCAGACAACAUGUACCGAAACAUGCUCAUUGACAUGGAGAACCAAUGUGUCAUCAUCAGUGGUGAGAGUGGAGCAGGCAAAACAGUUGCAGCCAAAUACAUUAUGGGAUACAUAGCUCGGGUGUCUGGGGGUGGACCGAUGGUGCAGAGAGUGAAAGACAUCAUUCUAGAGUCUAAUCCACUUCUUGAGGCAUUUGGUAAUGCCAAGACUGUCCGCAACAACAACUCGAGUCGCUUUGGCAAGUAUGUAGAAAUUCAGUUCAGCAGAGGUGGUGAACCUGAAGGGGGCAGCAUAUCGAAUUUUCUGCUAGAAAAGUCACGAAUUGUCAGUCAAAAUCCUAAUGAACGCUCAUUUCACAUUUUCUAUCAACUGUGUGCUGGGGCAACAAAGGAAAUGAAAGAGAACCUUGGUGUGACCAGUCCGGACUACUACUACUAUCUCAAUCAGAGUGGCACAUUCCUUGUGGAUGGCACAGAUGAUAAUGCUGAGUUUCAAGACACCCUACGAGCCAUGCAGGUCAUAGGCAUCAGCCAGGCAACGCAGAUGAGCGUUCUUUCACUAGUAGCAGGCAUUAUGCAUUUGGGAAAUGUCAGCUUUGAGGAACAAGGGAACUAUGCCAUGGUUGCAAACGAUGAAUUCCUUGCUUUCCCAGCAUUCCUUCUUGGCAUUGAACAGGACCUACUGCGAGCAAAACUGACAGGCCGAAUUAUGGAUAGCAAAUGGGGUGGUAAGACAGAGACAAUUGACAUGAAGCUGAACAAGGAGCAGGCAGAAUUCACUCGAGAUGCUCUUGCCAAGGCUCUGUACACUCGGAUUUUUGACUACCUUGUUGAGGCAGUCAAUAUUGCCAUGAGGAAGGUUGGACUGGAAAUAAACAUUGGCAUCUUGGAUAUCUAUGGUUUUGAGAUCUUCAAGAAGAAUGGCUUUGAACAGUUUUGCAUUAACUAUGUCAAUGAGAAACUGCAGCAAAUUUUCAUUGAGCUUACACUGAAAGCUGAACAGGAAGAGUACGUGCAAGAGGGCAUAAAAUGGACACCUAUUGAUUUCUUCAACAACAAAAUAGUGUGUGAGCUUAUUGAAAACAAAAAUCCACCUGGAAUUAUGUGCAUCCUUGACGACAUUUGUGCAACAAUGCAUGCAGUGUCAGAAGGCGCAGAUGAAAAGUUGCUGGCUAAACUGACAGGACAUGUAGGCACACACAAACAUUUCCAGGGAACAAACAUUGGCUUUGUUAUCCACCAUUAUGCUGGGCAGGUGACAUAUGAUGCUGAAGGGUUUUGCGAGCGAAACAGAGAUGUACUUUUUGUUGACCUUAUACAGCUCAUGCAGUCUAGUUCAGUCUCCUUUAUUGUCAGCCUGUUUCCAGAAGAUGUUAGUAGCUUAACUCGUGGGCGUCCAACUACCGCUGGAAGUAAGAUCAAGUCACAAGCAAACCAGCUGGUGGAAACCCUAAUGAAGUGCACUCCCCAUUACAUCAGGUGCAUCAAGCCAAACGAGACCAAAAAGGCUAGAGACUGGGAGGACAGCAGGGUGGAGCACCAAGUGGAGUACCUGGGUUUGCCUGAGAACAUCCGUGUCAGAAGAGCUGGUUUUGCAUUUAGGAGGGAGUUUGCAAAAUUCAUAAAAAGGUAUGCUAUCUUAACCCCAGAGACGUACCCUUCAUGGCGGGGAGACCCUAGGCAAGGUGUGACACACCUUUUGAAGACGGUCAACAUGGACCCUGACCAAUACCAGUUGGGCAGGACCAAAGUUUUCAUCAAAAACCCAGAGUCUUUGUUUCUUCUUGAGGAGAUUAGAGAACGUAAAUUUGAUAGCUACGCUCGCGUUAUUCAGAAAGCUUGGCGACGUCACUUUGCACAGCAACUGUACUUCAAACUUCGUUCUGAAGCUUCUGACCUUUUGUUCAAUAAGAAGGAGAGACGCAGACAUAGCUUGAACAGAAACUUUGUUGGUGACUACCUAGGACUUGAUGACAAUCCAGAGUUGCGGACGCUUGUUGGCAAGCGUGAGCGUAUUGAGUUCGCAGCCACUGUAAACAAAUUUGAUAGAAGAUUUAAGAGUGUGAAGCGAGACCUGCUUUUGACUGGAAAGUUGUUGUUCCUAAUUGGUCUUGAAGUUGUCAAGAAAGGACCCAAGAAGGGAAGUAGGGUUCUUGUAGUGAAAAGAGCCAUAGAACUGGACAAAAUCACAGGCGUUUCACUCAGCACUUUACAAGAUGACUUCUUCAUUAUCCACAUACAGGGAGAUUAUUGCAGUUUCUUGGAGAGUGUCUUCAAGACAGAGUUCCUCACUGCAUUAUCUAAACGCUACAAGGAAAAAGUUGGAAAAACUCUUGACAUCCGGUUUUUAGACAGUUUGCAGUUUACAGUCAAGAAAGAAGGGUGGGGUGGUGGUGGAACCAGAGAGGUCAAGUUUGUGCGAGGUCAAGGUGAUGUAGCUGUCUUAAAGGCAUCAUCCAAAACUUUGACAGUCUCUAUUGGUCCUGGUCAGCCCAAAGAUUCUAGACCAAGUAGAAAACCUCAAGUCCGAAGUACUCCUGGACAUGGGAGACAAGCCCCCAGGCCUUCAGUAGCACGGCCUUCUUCACGGACAGCACCAAACCGACCAGCACCACGGCCACCAGGCACCAGCGCCCCACCACCUCCCACAUCCCAUCCUCCAUCACGCAAACAAGUCCAAAGACAGUCUAGCCAGGACAUCCAGAGUCAGCUCAUCAUGAAGCAGCACCCAGGGAGUAACAAAGCUCCAUCCCUUCCUCGUGAGGGUGCACAGAAUGCAGCAAAGAAAAUCAACCAGGCCUUGAUCAACAACAAUAAUGACUUCAUGAAGACCCCUGAUGCUGGCAUUGCUGGGCACGUUAACUCAAGUGAAAACAGCAUUCAGACAAAAGAGCGGCAAAGCAAGAAUGUACGGCCUCCUCCAGGCAUCGGGCGACCCAAGCCCUCAACACGCCCCAAACCAACACCCCAGCUUCCUGUAUGUCAGUGCCUAUACACCUAUGAUGCUCAGGACACAGAUGAGCUUAGUUUUAAUGAAGGAGACAAAAUUGAGAUCCUAAAGGAAGAACCUUCUGGAUGGUGGCGAGGACGCCUCAGAGGAAAAGAUGGGCUUUUUCCUGCGAACUAUGUACAAAAGAUAUAAGAGGCUGUUGUUCAGGAACACUGUGUGCUAUGGAAUACAAAUGGAAUCGUUGGGAUAUGCUCAUGCUAAAAGCAGCUGCUUGUGGUGCUGAUCUGUUGCCAUUAUUUCAAGUGUGCGUGUAACUGAAACACGUGGGUGAAUGAGCACUAGUGAUCUGGCCUGCUAUGUGAUCAUGAACAUCAUAAUUUUAGCAGUGAAUUUAGGUUUAUGAUCUAAGGACUUUUUUUUUUUUUUUGGCAUUAGUCUUGUGCUGAAGUGAUUCAAAUUUUCUUCGUGGACAUUAAAAGCCUUACAGCGCCUGUGUGAUUCUGUUUCUGGAUGGAUCACAUAUGUGGCAAGUUCAUGUCUGCAUCAAUUCAUCUUUAAGUUUCUUGUGAAUAACUUCUCAUUCUUUUGCUUGGAGAGGUCAACUAUGUGCUGACUCUCAAAUGAGCAUGAUAUUGCAGAUUUAAAGCAACUUUUUCAUAGUUAGAUCUUUCUGUAGAUUUGUUCUUGUUGUUUUGUAUUUCUUAUUUAGCUUGGAGGAAAGGUUGUUCAUUGGUGUAAGUAUCUCUUAUUGCUUAAAUUCUUACAUAAUUGGGUUUAAAUUUGUUUCUGCUGUGAAAGCAUACCUUAUAUGGAUGGUAUUCAUGAUGGCCAUGAAAAUGUUGUAAACACUAUCUCAUUUACAUGGUGCCUCUUCACCAGUCUUUCAGACCAAGUUUCCGCUGUCCAGCCAUUCCAUCUGAUUUUGUUGUUGUUGCAAUUUUUCGUCCAUUUUUAGAAUCAAGUUGUUUACAACUGUGAUAUGCUGUCAGAGGUAGAGAUCUCACUCUCGCUUGCAACUAACAGCAGACAUAUGCCUUUAGAUGAAAUAUUACAUUAUUUUUUUGAAAAAUGUUAUACAGAAUCCAUGACUGGGUUGAGAAUUUAAGACUGAUUUCCACAACAUUCUGUGGGAAAGCCAUAGCUUUAUUUCAUACAAACAGGAAACAAUACAGUUGUACUAUUAAAUAACACAUUUAUUUCUGGUUACAAGUUUGACGUAAAAUACUAAAUGGACAAGUUUGUAGGACUUGCAUCCCAUAGUUUUAAAAUUUGCAGUAUGAAGGGCUCAUAUAUUCUUUUAUUCUAAGAAUUUUAUUAUAACAACAAACUAUUCUACAUAAAAAUUAUACUAGCAUCAGAGGUCAUAUAAAAUGCAUUUAUCUUCAUAUUGUAUAUGCAUUUUAUCUGAAGUGUUCUGUGGUUCUUCUAAUGUUGUACUAGAAGUUAUAGCACUGGUGGUUAAAAACAGAUACUGCUGCUGCUGCUUUAAAAACUGCCAAGAUGUUAAUAAAAUAAUCAGUAAUAACAGUGUGAUUGUUUGAAACAUUCCAAAGAUGCUGUUUAUACAUUCAUAGUGUUUUAUACAUGGUUUCUUUUAAGUUCUUGCACUGCAUUAUAUCAACCUGCACAAGAAAAGUAAAACAAGUGUCAAAAAACAAAAAAGCUUUAAGAAGUCAGCAGAGUUUGUUUUCAUACGGGUUAGUAACAAAAGUUCCUUCAAGAAUAUAUAUUUCUAUCCAUUAUUCAGGACAAGUCCCUUAGUCUAGGCAAGCAUCUAGUCAUCAUUCUUUGUUAUAUAGUUUGUUAUAUAUAGAGGGCAUUGAGAUUACUAAAGUAAACUUUAUAUUAAGUGAAGAAAAAAUUCAGUCAUGAAGAAAUUGUCAAAUGGUAAGAAUAUUAGAUGUAGAUUGAUUAUCUAUCCCAGACAAUAUUUCCCUUUGUACCCAAAGCUAAUUGCAGAAGUUUAGUGCAUAAAGCAUUCCAUUGCAAGCGCAAAAUCAGAUAAUGGACAAUGCGGUGUCUCUAACUCUAUUAAGUGAUCAAUUGAAAUAUAGUGUUAUUACUAUAAAAGUUAGGGUUAUUGAUAUUUAGUUUUGUUCAACCUUUACUAUUGCAGUCCCUAUAAUUGUAUUUUUUGAAAACACCGGCUGUCCUACAUUUGUCUGCUUUGUUGCAGAACAACUGGAGACACAAAAGCACACAUAUACAUAUCCAUAAAUCUAUAUUUAUUGCUAAAAAUGACUUUUUCCUUUAAAGCAAUUGAAAAUGCUGUUUACAGAGAAACAUGUUGCUGACAAUGUCUUAUUGAGGAUAAUGUGUAUAUAAUGAGGAGAUUAUAAACAAUUAUUUGUAACAUUUUCAUAUUCAGUAUUCAACCAUGACCACUUAAUAUAUUUUAAUGUGAACUCUUCUAUUUUUUAGAUUUAAGUUUUAGUUUAAUAGUUUUUUGGGUUAUUAGAUUUAGAGUUCAAAAUGUUUUAUAAUUAGUCUAAUUUAGUAGGUAUGUUUACCCCUAUGAAUUUUCAACAUUCUCUGCAGAAAAGAGACCAAAAAAGCUAUCAUUUUCAAAUAGACUUGAUUGACCAAAUAUAUAAUAUACUAGAGGAAGUUAAAUGAAACAUAGCGGAAGCUGUACAGAUGUAAGCCAGGUACCCACUGCGUUUUAUUUGACUGCCUCAUAUAUAUAUAUUGAAUACUGAUUUAAUUCAGCAGUAGAGAAACAGCUAGAAAAUGUUUGUACUAAUUUGUGGGUGUGUCGUUUAGAUUUUCUUGAGUUUUUUCCAGCAAAUGAAGAGGAGAAAAAAAAACAUUUUCAUGAGAAACAAAUUCACAAUUUUGGUUUUAUUUUUUCAUGGCUAUCCACCUUCCUGUUUUGUCUGGUUUGAAAUAAAUUCUACAGGGAAGAUAAUAUCAGGACUAUGAUAAACACGCAGAGGUACUCAUAGACUAUGAGCUAAUAAUGGAAUGGAUUGCGUGUGCAGUUUGAUCAUACAUGUAGUGGAAGACAUCAUUGUAUUUACAGGCUGAGAGGAUUCAUAGUUUGAUGUAAGACUGGAGAUGAUAGCCACCUACAGUUUUUGAAGAAAACAAGGUCACUUGCAUUUUUUUGUGAUGCAUAACAUGGUGGUAUAUGGUGUUUAAUAACACUGUAUCAUGUGCAGUUUAUUGUUUUUACAUUCACCUGUGAUCUGUGUCACUUAGUCUAUUACUGAUAUUUUGCUUUUGUUUGGGGAUUCAGAAAAAACAUCAGUACUGGUUAUUCAUAUAGAUUCAUGUUUGAUAUAAUUCUGGUAUUCGCGUUUGCUUCAUAUGUCCCAUUAUUUACACUGCUUUGAAAUGGUCCGGUUUUUAAAAAAAAAAAUUUGAAUGAUAGGUAAUAUUUAAAUCAUUGAGAUCAAGAUUCUUGAAAUAUAGAUAUAUAUUUAGGCUUGUAGAGUAGAAUGUAAAAUUUACAAAAAUAAAAACUAGAAUUGCAGUACUUUAUCUUGGAGCAGCAGUAAAAUCAUGUAACUUACUAUGUUAUGAUUUGCUUGUCUGUUAUGUAUAUGCAACAGUCAUAUAAGUGUUGACAAAGUAUUAUUUAAAAAUGAUAUUGAAACAGGUAUUUGACAAACUCACAUUCCUGAAAGCAUUUGACAGUUUGAUGUAGAGGAAUAAUCAAGAGAGAGAUUACUGAAAUUUCAAGUGUGAUAUAAAUAAAAAAAUAAUAUAUUUUUGGUAGACUCUCCCUCAUGUGGAACAGGCUGGUGGUGCAAUGGUUAGCGCCUGUCACCAAUACAGUGAAGGUUGGCUGUCCUGGAUUCAGUACUCGUCUCGGACAUGCUGUUCGUUCUAUGCAUGUUACAUCUGUUUACAUGACUGGCUGCCUUGCUGUGAUAUAGCCUUUAUUGCUGAAUCAACAGAAAACACCAAGUCUCCCCUUACUCAUAUAAACAAUCUGAUAUGUACACACAGUGAUGAUGAAGUUAGGGACCAAUGAAUAACAGUGACUUUCAAAAAAUUCUGCAGAUCGUCGGCCAUGGAGUGGCUAAAAGUUUUUUGCAAACUGAGGUUGUUCAUGUGAAGUAGAAUUAAGUAUAUUAAAGAGGUAAGAAUCGGAUAAAUAUAAAUGUUGGAAAGUAUGAAGAUUACUUAUUUGUACCAUAUUGUACCUGCUUGUCCUUGUAUUGUACCUCCUAUAUUGAGGAGAAUGCUUACUUCUACAAACUUAUAUCUUUGGUGUAAAAAAAAAAAUUUUGUUUAUACAACGUGCCUUCUUUCUACAUGUCAGCAAGCAAAGAUAGACUGAUGACAUCUCAUUCUAGCCCUUUUUAAUUCAUGGACAUCAUUGUCACAUGACUUAAAGAUUUUAUUCAUUUAAAAAUAAAGGUAUGACAGCUGUU